AUGUCAUGUUUCCCAUCACAAUCAACCUAUUUUGAGUCCUCAUUCCAGUUUAUUCUUUUAUCAGAUCCCCUAUCACCUCCCUCUCUCAUCUUGGAGAACCCAGUGCAAAAGGUUGGAAAUCAUUUUCAGGUGACAUUGAACUGUUCAGUACCCGACUCUAACCUUAACAGAACCUUCCACUACUUCAGGAUAAAUGCAGAAAAUGACAACAGAAAUGCAACUGGUGUGUCUGUCUCCAUCGUUUGGCAGUUGGAGUCUAUUGAUAAUGUUGUCUUCUACUGUGAAUAUGAAGAAGACAUACAUGGAAGAAACGUCAAAUCUGGGAAGAGCAAGUAUCUCCCUGUUACACUCAAAGGUAAAUAA